AAAAAAGAACAAAAAAAAACUUGUAGAGCGAUAUCCUUGUAAGACCAAUGCCGCGUCUUGAGACCAGGUCCUGGACCUGCUGGCUGGUAUUGUGGCACGCGUCAUCUCCCUCAGCAGGGGCGGCCGGGAGGAGGAGGGUAUCAGUGCCCGAGCCAUCUUGACUCCUGCGUGCGUGUGUGGGUGAUCCUUCAUAAAUUAUUCAGUGAUGGGGACCCAAUCCAGCCGAGCGUCAAGCCGGGUGUCACCUUCCACACUUACGCCCGCCGCUACACUUGUAGCGGCGGGAAAUUAACUUUGGCGCUGGGCCAAUCAAAACGAGCAUGAUACUUCAGCACUCAAGGUCUUGGACCAAUGGGGUGGCAGGUCUGGAAGGCAGGCCACACCUCCCUGCUGGUCGGCAGCCAAUGACCGCGGGGAAGCAGGGAGCAGAUCGAAGCCAUUAGUCUUGUGGGCGGGGAAAUGGCGGCUCCACUUGAGACUCAAAUGCUCGCUUUUUCUCUGCUUCUAUCGUCACUCCGCGUUCGGCAUCGGAGCAAUAAGCGCACUUUUUCACUUGCUCCUCACCUGUUCAAUUGGCGCACCUAGGUGACACUACUUGUGCCAACUACCAGUUCAACUGCGCUCAUACUGACGUUGAAACUAGGGAAGUUUGACGCUGAUAAAGUUUAUCAUCAGUUUACCGGACUUUGGAAGUGAUUAUUUGACUUAUUAGGCAGAAGUUGGUGAGCGUUAUUGGGUGUUGAAGGCCGCGGUAGGUGCCACGUGAGUGCCGGCCCACCUGCCGCUAUGAGGUGACUGUGAUAGCCUUCUCACCGCCUCGCACUAUGUCCUACGAAGUAGCUAGCGUCAUCACCCGCGGCAGCCCCGCCGUGGCUUCCAGCAGGUCUCCUUCUCCCCUGGGGCGGCGCUCUCCGAUCUCCAUCCUCGGAGACGUCCACAGGACUUCGGCGGCCACUCCCGAGGUCUCCAGCACCAGCCCCAACCCCGCCAGGAGCUCGGACAGCGGCGCCAGUUCUCCCAAGACCUCGUCGCCGCCCUCACACAAGUCCUUCAGCAUCUCCAGCAUUCUCAGCCGUGAUGACCCGAAGAAGGACUCCGCCUGUGACUCUCCCUUCUCCUUCAGUCAGCAACACGACACUCUCGCUGCCAGAUUAGGACUAAUGAGUCACAUGUCCGCCCUGGCUGCUCGACACCCACUACUCUCCCUGUACCCUGACUUAGGGAGCGUCGCCCCUGCCUCCCCCAUGACGCCCUUAGGGGGCAUGGGGGUGCCCUUAGCUGCCAAAAACCCCUGGUACUCCCCCUGGGCCUUGCCACCCUUGGCUGCUCUCGCGUCGGUCAGGGAGAAAGAAAAUGGUUCUCCUCCUGGUGUGGGUGUGGGGAGCCCGCUGAGCGAGGCGCCAGUCGAAGUAGUUCGAUCUCGCUCUCCGUCACCCAUGCCUCGCUCUCCCUCUCCUGCCUCGCCUCCCUCCCCCUCCAGGGAGGACCAACGGGCGGGGGAGGGUGACGGGGCGGGGUGUGUGGGCGGCGGGGCGGCCUCCUCCACCGCCAGCGGCGGGGCGGGAGACGACGCCGAAGAAGACCGUAAGCGGCGCAAGAAGAAGACUCGGACGGUGUUCUCGCGGUCUCAGGUCUUCCAGCUAGAGAGCACCUUCGACAUGAAGCGUUACCUGUCGUCCUCGGAGCGGGCGGGGCUGGCUGCCUCGCUCCACCUUACCGAGACGCAGGUCAAGAUCUGGUUCCAGAACCGCCGCAACAAGUGGAAGAGACAGCUGGCUGCCGAACUGGAGGCGGCCAACAUGGCCCAUGCUGCCCAGCGCCUCGUCCGUGUGCCCAUUCUCUACCACGACGGCUCCACCUCUGCCGAGGCCGCCCACACCCCGCCAGCGCCGCCCCCGCCCAAUUCCCUGCCACCCCAGUCCGCGCUCCCGCCCUAUUCCUUGUAUUACCCGCCAGUCACCUCCACCUACUCCACCACAGUACAGGCGCCCACGCCCGUCAGACCUACUCUCUCCUCCCUCGUGUAGACCCUCUUCACACACCCCACCUCACUUCUACGUAACAUCAAAGACCUCCACAGCAAGUUCCAGUGGUUUUGGACGACGGUAACCACUGUUAAGUCGCCUGUUUGUACUCUUACAGAAUAGUUAUUGCAUCAACUGCGCAGUGAUUGACUGACAAAUGUUUUAAUCCAUGGAAAACCGCUUCCUCCUCCUCCUUUCCUCCCAUAACAAAGGAAUCCUCUCUUCCCUUUCUCCUCCACCUACAGAAACCCCACUUCCCUUACUCCAGGGAAGGGAAGCGGGGUUUCUGUCAGUACAUCACGCUCCUCUCAGCUACGCCAGAACCUCCGGAAAGGCGACCAAUACAAGGAAGCAACGUACAACCAUUGCGGCUCAAGACGCCAUUAUGGCUUCAGACAGGUCACGGCUGGUGAACACCACAAACAUUAUUGACCAAUGAGAAGUCAGAACAAACACCAGCGAGCCAAUCACAAUGGCCCUCUUCUCCGACGUGUGUGUGUGUUUACAUUCUCAGAACUCACACGUGUCCACAACCCGGAAAAAUGCAGUGAUUCGGUGUUAAGUAUAAGGAAUUGCAUUUUUUUCCUUAUAUAGUUAAUUUUGUUGGAUAUAUGUUUAGCGAAGAAGAUACUGUACAAAUAUAAAAUGUAAAUACUGAAAAUAUACAAAUAUAUAUAUUUAUUGUUUAUAUUAUUAAAAUUGUUUUCUCAGGUUUAUUAGUCCAUACUCCCCCCCCCUCUUUUUUUUUUAACCUUGGUUUAAUAUUAAAAAAAAUAUCCGCUUAAUGAUUAAAAAAAAUAAUAAUAACUACUUUAACGACUCAAAAUUAUCAAGAUUUUGUUAAUUUUUACCCCCAAAAAAUAACUUCAGUGAUUCACCGUCAUAUAACUUCAAAUAAAAAAAAAAUACAGUGAAGUUAUUCUGAAUUUACAUAACAAUGAUUUUCCUGAAAUUAUACAUUUUUUUGUAAAUGAUUUACAAUGACUUUAAUGAACGAUUUACAGGUAACUUACAGGAAAUAAUUGUAAAUUACGCUUACGUUAAUUACAGAUUUGAUUUUUUAUAUAUAGUGCCAUAAAUUCACGAGCAAGAAUAAUGUAUAUAUUAGCUUAUAUGUCACACGACAUGAACAUGACCCAAACAUAACAUAAACAUGACCCAAACAGGACCUAAACAGAACCCAAACAGGACCUAAACAUGACGCAAACAAGACCUAAACAUGACCCAAACAGUACUUAAAUAUAACCCGAACAGGACCUGAACAUGACUUAAACCGGACCUAAACAUGAUCUAAACAUUACCUAAACAGGACCUAAACACCCGAACAUGAUCUAAACAGGAUCUAAACAUAACCUAAAUGGGACCCAAACAGGACCUAAACAGGACCCAAACAGGACCUAAAUAUGACCUAAACGUUUCACACACAAAAAUAUAUGACCCAGGCUCGUCCUAGCAGGACCUAAACAUGAUCCAAGCAGAACCGAAACAUGAUCUAAAAGCGACAUGAGCAAGCUUCAAACAGAACCCACACGUGACUUAAACAUGACCUAAACAUGACCCAAACGAGUCUAACCAUGACCCAAACAGGACACAACAUGACACAAACAUGUCCCAAACAUGUCCUGAACAGGACCUAAA